AGUGUGCGUAAAAAGCGAAUCCUCGUCUCCUCCUCUUGGUUCUGUCCUCUCUUCAGUGCGCCGUGGCCAUGUUUGAUUCUUUAUUUCCUGCCAGCACUUUCGCGCCCUGACCUUUAGUUCGCUUUUCGGAGCAGAUUAUAUUUGUUUGGCUUGUCUGCAACCUGACUGAGAUCCGCGCGUCAUGUAACCAACUCAGACGGAGUUGUUUCGCACCUCUAUUGAUCAUGUGCUUGUCUUUACUGGGCCAAGAGGCUGAUUCUGGCAAGUGGGUCUUUUGCAUUUACUACAUUGUUUUCCCCAAAGAGACUUCCAGAAGAAUCAGGUGUUAAGCCGCUUUGCUAAAAAGUUUGAUGGAGAGCUGGUCGGAUGACAGCUGGAACUGUUGUUAUUACUGGAGGAAUACUGGCCACAGUGAUACUUCUGUGUAUCAUAGCUGUGCUCUGUUACUGUCGACUCCAGUACUACUGCUGUAAGAAGAAUGGGUCUGACAGUAGCUCCAACUCCCUGCACCACUUUGAAUGCAACGCAUGCGGCGUCUCUGGCCUGGACGGCCCCAUCGACACCCCGCUGUCGCUUUCCCCGCCAGAUCCGCCUGCCACCUCCAAAGCCGGGAAAGCGGCGGCGGGGCGUAGCCGCUACUGCCCCACCUGCUCCCCCUACGGCUCCCCCUUUUUCCUCCGCACCAGCGAUGAGAUGCGGAAUGGUGGCGAGCGCAUUACCUACAUGCCCACGCACUACGAGAACCAGGCUCUGGUCAUGCCGCUGCCAACAGGCCGAGGCUCCCUGCUGAGAGAGGCCCGGCGGAGCAGAACACCUGAUUUCUACUCUAACACUGGAGCCAUCAGCACACAGGUGUGACACUGCAGCUGACAAGCCCAAGCAGUUUUAGCAUCCAAUUACUAUGCGUGAGUUGGAAUUCUCAAAUGUGUUUGAUGUUUUUGUCAAAUUGUACACGUAAAAUACACAAUAUAUCGACUGUUAUUUACAGACUGAGGGCUAUUUUACCUAAAUCCCGGUUUACAUACUGUCUGCCAAAUACUGUACAUGUUGAAGGAGGCGUUAAAGAAUGAAGGGAUGCAAUUAUACAGGCCCUGUGAUUGGCUGGCAACCGGUCCAGGGUGUACCCAGCCUUUGGAUGCUGGGAUGCAGUCAGGUCUAAGAUUUUGUCAUCUGACCUAUUCUGGGUGUUUUCAAUGCAUGCGUUUGUCGUCCCCCCCCAACCCCGCCCCCUUUUUCUGUCAUUAUGAUCUGUCUCUAUGCAAUAUGUUUGACUGCUGAUUUUAGACUUCUUUCAGCAGAUAUGAUCUGAUAAGCUUAUGGGUAAAACACCAAUUUAAAAGCAUAACACCCUGGAAAAAGAAUGGUUCAAUAAACCGAUAAAAACGCCAAUAUGUGAUAUUUAUACCUACUGCAAAAAAAAAAAAAUAGUUUACAGAAUGUAGCGGAAUCUGAUACUAAAAAGUAGUGAAAUGAUCUGUCCAUGCAGCUAGUUAUUUUACUUGGCAAGGCAUCCUAAAUUAAGAUUUGUAUAUCUAGAAAUUAGCAAGACGUUUAAAAAGUGAAACUGCACUUUUUAUUUUUAUUUUGCCUAUAUAUAUCACAAUCAUUAUGAAAGACUUGACGACGAAUGGAUAUUUUAAAAUGUAUUUACAUUUUUGAAUACACGUAAACUAUAGUUUGCUUACAGUGGAGCCAACGGGAGCUCCACUAUUCCGCCCAUAAAAUCUAAUAACUGUCAGAAAAGGUCCAACACUACUCCCAUUUACAUUUGGUUUUGAAUAUUACCACUUACCUACUCAUAUAAUGUAGAAUAUUACCUACUCAGUGGCCCAGUGGUUAGAGGUUGUGAGUUCAAACCCCGGCCGAGUCAUACCAAAGACUAUAAAAAUGGGACCCAUUACCUCCCUACUUGGCACUCAGCAUCAAGGGUUGGAAUUGGAGAUUAAAUCACCCAAAAUGAUUCCCGGGCGUGGCACCGCUGCUGCUCACUGCUCCCUUCACCUCCCAGGGGGUGAACAAGGGGAUGGGUCAAAUGCAGACAACACAUUUCUCCACACCUAGUGUGUGUGUGAGACAAUCAUUGCUAAUUUAACUUUAAUCAACAGUGAUAUUGUUAUUAUAAGCACUAACACUGACUAACUAUUUAUGGCAAUGCAGUAAUCACAAGCUUGUGUACAAUUUCGACAUGAUUGACUGCCGAGAUGUUUCCUUGCUUCCUGUAAGUUUAUUCUAGAUCAUGCUUGGAUUCACUGACCCCCUUUUUUUUGUGAGGAUUAUGGGUCAUUCUUCGUCUAAAUGGCAAUAUAUGAACAUCCCGGCAGUCGGCAUCCUAAUGACUGCAGACCUCGUACAGUAAGUGAUGUUUUAUUAUGUUUGUUGGCUCUCAUAAUGUCUGUAGUUAGUAAUAAUCAGUGAUGCUGUUAAAAAUAAGCGAACGUUGUGAUGCGUUUUUUAAAUUAAGUCAUAUGCUUAAAAUAAUCCAAAUAUGUAAAUAUCAAGCCUCCAUUAUUAACAGACUUUUGAUCGUAUUUGCUUAAUAUUUAGAAUGCACAAUAAAACAAUACAUUCAUUGUCAUGUCUUUCAUAAUGAUUGUGAACGAUAGGCAAAAUUCCCAAGAAAGUGCAGCUAGAGAUACGUAUUUAAUUUUGAAAACCAGCAUUAUUCAAUCUGCAAUUAAAUUAAGCAUCCUGGGGAUGUUGCAGAAUCUUUAAAGAAGAUUGUCUAUGUAUAGAAAACCAAAAUAUCUUAUUUGAAUAGUGUUAUUUUCUCAAUUUUAACAUUUUUAAACUUGAAUAGACAAAAUCUACUGUAUUUUCCGGGCUAUAGAGCACACCGGUAUUUAAAGGUGCCAUAUGUAAUAAUGUGGCCAAAAAUCAUACUGCAGUCACGGUCAAAAUUCUGUAGUCUCCUUCCUCUCUCCAUGACUGAGGUUGCCAGAUACACAGUUGAAUUCGAAUCCUCCUCCAAGGAACUUCAAAUGGCAAACGACAAGUCCUAGGCUGUAGGUUUCUCUUGUUUAUGCUUCUUGCAAGAUGGUUUACUAAGUAAUUAUGCCACUUUUUACUGAUGUCAACCAGCCAAAUGUAUUUGUAAAGUAAAGCAGCAAUAUUUUCAUCGAGAGUCGGGACAAAUUGUUGGCAUUACCCUGCUAAAAUGUCGAGUUCGACCACACGGACCACCAUCGAAAUAAUUAUACAUAAUAAUAUCAUCGGCGGUCACUCGAACAAGUAUGACGAUCCUCCUGGUAGGGGUGUAUCCUUUUAUGGAGGAUGCCUGUGUGUGACUUUGUUUAACGUGAGGAAAGUGGUGCUCAGAUAGUCACCACACAAUCCUUGACAGAAUCGAGUCAGGGUCCAGUGGCAUGGAUUCCAAGACGGUGUACCCCGCCUUCCGCCCGAUUGUAGCUGAGAUAGGCACCAGCGCCCCCCGCGACCCUAAAGGGAAUAAGUGGUAUUAAAUGGAUGGAUGGAUGGAUGGAUGAAAA